GUGUUAAGUCACAAACCCCCUGUUUUAAAUGGUUGCUGAUUCUGGGCACACUGUAGAUGGAAGGAGAGGAGAGUAUUGUCUUGCUUCAGCCGAUGUCCCACCCACUGACCAGCAGUGCGGUAAAGUAUGCCACGUGACUGCUGACGAAUGCUGACAAGUGCUGUGGGCGGAAGAAUAGACUAAGCUCAGAAAACCAGCAAUGCAAGAAGUUUCCUUUCACCAAAAAAAAAAUCCAGGACUAUAUGAAAUAGCAGUUUUCCACAAAUUCAACAUCCAUUCUUGAGUUGUACCGUUCACAUGGAGAAAGUCUGGAGAAAAAGAGUGAGAGCUCUGUAGGCACUGGCGAUGUGGAGUACAGCAGUAUGCUAAUGCUUGAAGGAAUGCCAGCUAUAAGAAUCAAAACAGAGCCGGCGGAACCUGGGCAAGGGAUGUGUCCUGCGCAUGCCCGGUAGGAGGAGAUUCGCCCAAGUACCCAUUUUAAUGUGGAUGGAGUCAGUCCAAGCCUCUGAAUGCGAACGAACGGAAUCAGUCCCAAUGUUGAUAAAUAAUGUGAAAAUGGAAUCUUCUACACUGCUUGGUGAUCUGAAGAAAGAUGCACCAGUGUUACUAAGCAACAUUAAAAUGGAACCACCAGAGGAACUGCUUUCAAAUGAUGAUAACCAGCCACAGACAGAACCUGUUGAUUUGUCCUUAAAUAAGUCUAGGACCUCACCAGUAGCGCCCGUGGUUUCAUCAUCACUUCCAGUUAUAACGGCAACCUCUUCAUUUUCUUCUUCGGACAUCUUAACUGGAGGACCAGUCAAUGUCACUUCAGCCAUCCCUGCAGUGUUAUCACCAGGUUCCAUAUUGGCCUCGUCCCAGGGGGUUGGAGGUCAGCAGAUUCUGCAUGUCAUACACACAGUGCCGUCAAUCAGCUUACCCAGGAAAAUGGGAAACCUGCAACAUCUGCCUGUGGUUGUCCAGUCAUUGCCUGUGGUCUACACAGCAGUACAGCCUGAUGGUGUGACGUCAUCAAUCACUGUCCCUCUUAUAGGGGAUGAUGGAAAAAGUGAAGGUGCAGUUCAUUACCUUGGGAAAGUGAAGAAUGUUCCUGGUCUUGGAGCUCACUGUGAUGCAUUUACCCCCAAAAAUUUGGGACCAAACAAGGACAAAAUGAGAAUCGAUCAGAGUCCCAUAUCCCCAAUGGAGACUAAAACUGACAGUGAAGAAGAUGAUGACUCCCCUAGCAUGUCCUUCGACGGUGUUCAUGAGAGCACCUCUGCCAUUCUCAACAUGUCAGGCACAGGGAGAGAGGAGGACUCUGUGUGGCCCAUUGAUCCGUCUCGCCUGCUUGAUGAUCCAUAUGGUGCUCAGAGUCUGCAUGGAAUUCGACGAUUGCCGAGAUCUGAGUCACCUGACCCGAAACGGAGACGUGUCCACCAAUGUGACUUCGAGGGAUGUAAUAAAGUGUAUACAAAGAGCUCUCACUUAAAAGCACAUCGAAGGAUUCACACAGGAGAGAAGCCCUACAGAUGCACCUGGGAAGGAUGUACAUGGAAGUUUGCACGCUCCGAUGAGCUGACAAGGCAUUACCGCAAGCACACUGGCAUAAAGCCUUUCAAAUGUUCGGACUGUGACCGGAGCUUUUCCCGCUCGGACCACCUUGCACUGCACCGCAGAAGACACUUGAUGAUGUGAAGGUACUUUAAGCCAACCUCACAUCAGAGUUCUAGCUCUGCCUCCAUCCCAUUGUUCAGCAUUGCUGAAUUCUGACAGCAUCUGCUGCUAGAUGGCACCUGUGGAUGCCAAGUUAGAAAGAGAGAGAGAGAGAGAGAGAGAGAGCCCACCUGCCCUCAAAGACUGUGAAACUGUUCAAACCAGCUUACCUUUUGAUGUUAUGUACUGACUGCAUUUAUGUAAUUUAAGCUAGGCCUGUCAUUUUUGUCAUAAAUUUUUCUUGAUUACGUUAACACAGGGCAGAAAAAAGCAGGCAGCCUUUUUAUUCACAGCCUAAAUCAUGUUGAAAUACAACUUCAUCCUUGUUGACCUAUAACUUAAGGUUUUAUAAAAGCAGAAAUUAUGUCAGUAUGAGUUAUUAGUGUUGUGUCUCUCAAAGAACAAAAUAUUCCUUCCACAUUGUAUCAUUAUAUUUCACAUUUAAUGUGAACCAUUUGUACAGUGGGAACUCCUAACAUUUUGACUGAUUUUAAUAUUCCAUUUUAAUGUGUUUUAUCUGCUCAGUGCUGAAAUACAUAAACUUUACUGACACAAAAUGAUUUUCUUUUCUGUGUUUCGCUUGUGCAUUGCACAUGGAGACAUUAAGCAGGUAUACUCAUCAGCUGAUAAAUACCUUUCCUUCCCCUGGUAGCGAUCUCCCUGAAGAAUUAUGAUAUACUGUACAGUAUGUCUUUGAUUAAUGUCUCACUCCACCUCAAAGUAAUAGGUAAAUCUAGCUGUUCAGUGUGAUUUGCUAUAAUCAGCCCUACUUUGUUUUGUUCAGGCUUGUAGGAGGAUGUUGGCAAGCCAGUAUUCUCUUUUCCUUUAGUUAUUUUGUUGUUAUCAUGGUAUUUGUGAUCUUAAACACGUUAAUACUGUUUUCAUUGUGGCAUUCCCAGUAAAGUUACAGCUCCUUCAGCAACAGAGAUCAAAGCUGGUGCUGGCACCCACACAGGCUUUGGUUGUUAACUGUUACCAACUGGUAUAUCUUCUGAUACGUCUUGGCAAUAACCUUAGUUGCCUACUGUGAAUUUUUCUGCUUGUUACAACAUGAAACCAUUUGGGAGUUACAUGGUAUAAAUUUAAAAAAAGACUAUGUACGUUGGUUAUUAAAAGUUAACUAUGAAUGCUUCAUUAUUAAUAAAUGGAUUUAAGAUUAAGAUUUACCAUUCACCCCAUUCAUUUUUGUUCAGUUUGAUGAACUGUGAAGCUAGAUGCAAAGAUGUGGAGCUUUCCCCAAAGCACCUGGUGUUUAUGCAUUAACACAUACGUAUAAAGUGGCAGGUUGGGAGGAGACUUCAGCACGAAGCACCUUGCUACCAGGAUGGGUUAAAACUGCAGCUGUCCAAGAAUGCAAAAUAUAUGACCUGUCUGCUGUGUUGUGCUGUUUUUACUGCCCUGUGAGGUAUUGGUUUGAUUGUGUAAUCUAUUUAUCUUGUGUGGUAGUUUGUAGAUUUAAAAAAAACUCAGCCAGACCAGCAAAUUACAUUUUAAUCAGAGUAAAUGGAAGUUUCUGGAAUGGUCUUCAAGCUUUUAUUGGUGUAAGAGUGAUCUCUAGAUUUCAUUAAUAAAUGACUAAUGCUGAUCAAAAACCAACAUGCACAUUUAAUUUGACUUUUUGAUAUGUAGUAUGAAUGUACUGACAUCAGGAUCGGAAAUUUAAAGAUGCUUUUACGGUUUGUUGGGAGUUUGUAAUAACAUUGUUACAUGGAUAACAGACAGACAGUGGAACCCCAUAAACAGAGUUAUGGUUCUUUACCAUUUAAAAGUGAAAAUGUCAUUCUAGGUGCUCCAUUAAAAUAAUUCUAAAUUCUUAUUCCUGUUGUUUUUAAAUCUGAAAUGGGACUGCUGUUGAUUAUAUUUUCAGCAGACCAGUUACUGGCUGUGGAAAGCUAUUGAAUCCAGUAUCGGUAAAAUUGAUUUAAUCCCAAUGAAAGGUCUAGGCCCGAAACGUCAACUGUUCAUUCCCUCCAUAAAUGCUGCCUGACCUGCUGAGCUUCUCCAGAUUUACAGCAUCUGCGGAAUCUCUUGUGUGUUAAUCCACAGGUAGACUGGAAACAUCCAGAAGCUGAACAAUAUUCACUCUGUGUCUGUUUCCAUUAUUUCUUUUGGCCAGUUUUCCCAAUUAUAUUGCCUUUUGAUGUUUAAACAAUAAAUGAUGCCCAAAAAUCAUUGAGAGAAAAAUCAUUCUUUCAAACUUUGUGUAAAUGGUGCUCAUGGCAAGAUGUACUUUAUGUAAACAGCAAACAUCAAAUGGAAAUUGUCUCUAAAUUUGCAUUCACAGUAGGCAGGAUAUUCACUAUAGAAAAAAAAAUUGUGUUUAAGGUAUAAUACUUGUAAUGUCACAUCUUUCCAAUUUUUUGCUUUCAAUAUUUCACAGAAGUAGAUAAUAUUCACAACAGAUGUGAUGCUGUAUGGUCUCAAUUUAUCUGGAGCCCUUUGAUACCCAAUGAUAUCUGUCUACUAACAAGCUGUUACCAUCUCUUUUUGCCAGAAACUUCCUAUUGCACUGUGGCCUCCUCUCCACACAUUUGAUUGUGGUUUUUCUCACUGUUAGAAGCCAUCAGAGUGCAAUGAGGCCUGUAACAGAGAUAAAAAUGAUGGGCCUUUUUGUUUAUUUCAAACCUUUGGUCUUGUCUGCUAACCAUUUUAGGAAGGAAAUGUGAACAUGAUACAAAAAUGGAUUGGACAAGUUGUUGAAAAGCUGCUGCAACCUGCAAACCUAACAUUUGAUGUUUCAAAGCUGUGUCCAUUUUCUAAAACUGAAUUCAAACAAUUUUUUUUAGGUUGUAGUAAUUUUUAUAGUGAAGAUGGUCGAUGUUGAUUCUUUUUUAAAUGUAGUGUUUUAAAUUCCCUAUCAUUGACAAUUAUUUAAUUGUUUAAGCUUGACUUUGGUUUGUUCUUUUGCUAAGAUGCAUUCGCUUUGCACUUUAAAAAUUUUCCCUGCCGUAUUCUUGUUUGUAACUGCAGAUUUUCUUCUCCCUAAGCGGUGGUCAAAAUGGAUAGCAGCUGAGUCUUGGUGGGCUUUACCAGACUUAUUAAACUGUUACAACAUCUACCACAGAAAGUGGAGAAACUAUUAAAGGUAUUUAAUGAAGUACCAUGCUUUAAUUGACUGCCAUUUUAAUGUUGUAAGUGCAUAUAACAAGUGGAUACAAAGUGCAAAUGUACACUUCAACACUUGACACCACCGGAAUCUUGAAUCAGGAAGAUGAAGACGGAGUGACUGCACUUUUCAUUUUUGGUUCAUUUUUUCACAUUAAAGAAAUGGGCACAAUGUUCCACUGUCUCCAGCCUCCCCAUUUAGAGCAAAGAACUGUCAAUCAUAAGUAGCUCUGCCAUUGCAGAAUUUCUCAUUGAACAAGACUGUCUGUGCUACCUGGCAUGGUGUGGAAGCGUACACAGUAACUUUGCCAUUCUGUUGAACUGGAGAGAAGUUGUGGUCCAGGAAUGCAUAAAAAUAGCAAAGGGCCCUCUGUGGUACCAGUUGCUAAUGUCGAAAAUGAAUGAAACGCUGCUGUGAAGUUUUCAACAUCACUGUUUGUGAGUGUUGAGAAUGUUUGAGCAAUAUUUUUGAUUUUGUCUGAAAUAUUUUUAAUGUUAAUUUGUGUGGAAUUAUGGAAUGCAUAAACAAUAAACUGCCUAAUUGGUUCCCACCGGUUUUUAACAUGAUUGAGUUUUCAGCUCUCUGCCACUGCCUGAGUCCUGCUGGAGCCUCAUACGUGUAUGCUUUGUGAAUUGAUGUUCAAUCACUAAACAGUGUCUUUAUGUGGAAGACCAGUUACUUAGGUUAGAGGUAAUUGUUGUCAUCCUGGCAACCAUUAAAUGUUUGAAGACCAGAAAGGAAUUUCAGGGUCUCAUGAAAACUUUUCUUCCUGAGGCCAAGAGAUGCUAAAAUUCUUGGCCAUUACGUUUUCUUCCAUUACCUUACUCCCUCUCCCAUUUGCGAAUGGAAAUUGAAAAUGUUAGCAUAUCCAGGUAUCUGAGCUUCUGAUUUAUCCAUAAUUAAUUAAUUCAAGUUUAUUUUGAAUGAUCAAAUUGAAAUUUUUUCAUUUGAUGUCCCUAGAUGUAACGACCCAUUUCAAGCACUGUAGAAACCUUAAUAGUUAACUUGAUGUGCCUUGGCAUGUUGGGUAAAUCAAACGUAGUUAAAAUCAGAUAGAAGGCUACGUCAACGUCAAGAGUAAGAAUUGACUCUUCAUUAACCAGAUACACUUAAGCUUCUCUUUUAGAUGAGGCGUUAAGCUGAAGUUCUUUCUGCUCUCUAUUUUGUAUAUAAAAGUGCCCAUGGGGGUUUUACUAAGAGAUCUCUGACCUAAUCCUGAACCAGCAUUAAGAAAAUAUGAUCAUGUAUUUCAUUCUGCAUGUGUUAAAGUAAAUUUUAAAAUUGUAUAUUAAUCAUCUGGGCUACCUUUUCUUUCCUAUCCUCUUAUCUCUACCCACAGUAAUUGAAUGGGAAGUAACUGCUGGGUAUAUUGUAAUGGUUCGGACAUUCAUGAAGAGGAGUAUAGGUAGAGAUUAGCUGAAAACAAUGGAGAGCCUGCUAAUUCUUUUUAAAUGCUACAGACUUGUUUUUUUCCCCCUGACAUCAAGCAUGCUUGACUGUGUAAGUUAUAUUCCCUGUAACAGUUUUCAUGAGCAGUAAUAAUUGGAGCAGUUAUAUUUUUUGGUGUAUUUUCCAAUUCAAUGCCUAGAGUAGAAUUCCAAAUUUCUACAAGACCUCUGAAUGAUUAGCCUUCCCUGUAACUAUUCAUGACGGACUUUUGUUGCUGAUGGCUGUGAUGGAUCUGCCACGCUGGUAGGUGGCUGAUAAUGAACUUGCUGGGCAGUUGGUCAUCUGAUUUGCUCUUCUCAGCUGCUCACUUUGAUUAAGGCACUGAGUUAUUUGUGUUGUUUAAUUUGCAUUGUGUGUUUUUGCACAAUAGGAGGUAAGGAAUUGUGUGUGUGAAUGGCCAAAGAAAUUUGCUCACAGCCUGGGACAUGUAGUAAGUGCCAUAAAUUGUUUUUCUGGGAAUUCUAGAACAUUCUUCCAGAUUUCUCAUGAAAAAUGCAGCUCAUAAUAUACACUCAGUGGCCAACUUUAUCAGUCCUGUACCAAGUAAAGUGGCCAGCUGGCGUAGCCCAUCUACAGAACUUCAAGGUUCGAUGUGUUAUGUGUUCAAAGAUGUUCCUCUGCAUAUCAUUGUUGUAACGCGUGGUUCUUUGAAUUACUGUUGCCCUCCUGUCAGCUUGAACCAGUCUGGCCAUGCUCUGACCCUCUCAUGAACAAGGCGUUUUCACCCACAGAACUACCACUCGCCAGUAUUCUGUUGAGUUUUACACCAUUCUCAGUAAACUCUAGAGAUGGUUCUGUGUGAAAACCCCUUGAGAUCAUCUGUUUCUGAGAUACUCAGACCAUCCCAUCUGGCACUAAGUAAUUCCAUAGUCAGAAUCACUCAGAUCACAUUUCUUUCCUGUUCUGAUGUUUGGUCUGAACAACAGCUGAACCACUUGACUAUGCCUGCAUGCUUUUAUACAUUGAGUUGCUACCACAUGAUUGGCUGAUCAGAUAUUUUCAUUAAUGAGCAGGUGUACCGUAUAAAGUGGCUAAUGAGUGUAUCUUCUUGGGAUUGGUCAGCACACAACUUGUAGAGUAGCGUAGAGCAAAUGCACUUCUACACAUAAGCAUUCACAACAGCUGGCUAAUCUGCUAAGUAUUUCUGUGUUUUUCUUAUGUUUUAAUACAAACAUCAACUCUGGGUUGUGUUUACCAAACUCUCAGAGGCAGAAUACAGCAAGAAAUGUGUUUUUUUUUAAAUCUAGGGCUGUUAUUCAUGUUUUGUAAGCUUCAGUAUCUGUCCUUGAGUUUCUGAUUAAUAUCUAUUUUCAAUUACUUGAUGUAUGCCCUAAUGAAAUGGAUAUUAGGAUUUGCUGGUGACUCCAUUCAAAGAGAGUGAAUAUCUAACCUACAAAUAAUAAAGAUCUGAUGACUAUUUGACCUAUUUACUUUGUUCCAAAACUGAUGUUGGAAGUUUUCAGGACUAGACCCUGUUCCCAUUAAUUGUACUGUAGGCACUGUAAAUCCUGCUUUUGUUUAUGUUAGACACAAAUGCUUUAACAGGGCAUUAAAACUCUGGAAGCAAUGUUUCUUUUUAUAUAGAGGUUCCAUAUGAAGAUCUUAAUUUAAAAACAGUCUCAGCUUGUAAAAUAUUUUAACAUUUGUCAGGUUUAGUGCUGUGAAAUUCAAAGAAAAAGUUUUGAUAAGAGAGCACCUGUGAUUUAGUUUCUGUUUGGCAUUGGGAAUCUAUUUUGUAUCUAUUCCAAAUUGUACAUUUGGGAGGAAAAAGAAAGAGUAGCUGCUGAAGCUAUACAGUACAUUUCCCCAGCAGUAAUAAUAGUUGCAUAUUGAGCUAGUAGAGAAAUUGUAAAUCUGAUAGACUUCCUCCACUUCGAGCAGUUUUCUAAUUCAUGUUCUCCAAGCCAGGUUAACCGUUGUAUGACUCAUGAUAAAAAGUAAUUUUUUUAAAAAAAAGUUUUCAGCUGUUGCCAUAAGGUGCUAGAUACCAUGGAGCUGCCCUUCCUGAACUGGGAAGUGAUCACCAUUUUGGAAAUAGUUAGUCACUGAAUUGGGUCAACGUGAAUUUUGGUGCUCCAGUAAUGUUUCCUAUCUGAGGGUGUUAAACAGCUAGAGAACAGGAGAAUGUCUACCCAGUAUUCAAAUAUUAAUUGACAAUUUCUUAGAUAGUGAAAUUACUUUUUUCAAAUAUGGAGGGGUUGGCUGCUACGUUGAAGAGUUAUCUCUGCUUUGGUUUCUACAUCUUGCUCCUGCUUUGCUCUUUAAAGCUGUACACAUUUGCAAAAACACAAACAUUGAGAUUUCUAUUUAAGGGAAAAUGCAUUGGUGAAGUAUGAAAGGUUGGUCAUGGUGAAAUGGGUUUCAGGGAAAGGUUGGAAUUGAGUGAUUUACUUAAUUGUUAAUGGGGCAUAUCCUAGAAUUGUAUGUUGUAUGCAAGUAUAAACCUGCCACUGACUUGUACUUGAGACGCUAUCCUGGGUAACAGAAUUACUCGGUAAACAUUGCAUCUGCAUUUCUGCUGUGCCACCUUUAAAUGGAAUUUCUUCUUGGGCAUAAUUUUUUGCUUCCACUGUACAGGGUCUCAUUUACUGAAAUGCCACUGCUCAAAUCUGGAAUAAUUGAUAUGACAGCUUUAUCAGAUCAACCCUAUAGGAUCUAACUUCAAUCACCUGCCCUGUUUGAUAGCUAAGAUUAUUUUUAGGUUAAACACAGUUUCCAGUUUAAAAACAAAACAACUUUUGGGGUGAUGCACAUGAGGGCAAUAGUUUCUUUGUUAAUUUUUCUCACAUUGAGUUGUGUUUUUCUCACAUUGGGUGGGGCGUAGGAAAGAAACAUAUGCAUCCUAUUAAUGUUGGUCAAUUCCUUUGAUCCUUUGUUUUGUCUAUCUUGUUUUCUUUCUGACCCUUCCUAAAAUCUAGGGCCUUUAGAAGCUGUUAGUCCCUUUCUAUCAUUUAAUUUCAUGGCUGCACAGAGCUCACCAAGUGUUUUGUACAUAUUGAUCGUGUAGAUCAACAUUUUAUUUUUGAAGGUGUUUCAGCUUGAGAACAUUUCAACAGAUUAAUGUUCAGAUAUCUGGAUUUGUUAAUCAAAUUGCUGGGGUUGCUAAUUAGUAAAGAGUUGGGACCCUGAGCAAAUUCGCAUGCCUGACAGACCUAACCUAAUGUAACUGAGUUGAGUGGUAAAGGCCAUACUAUUGUCAAGCUCUUGGUCCUAUUCCUGCUAUGUGAGGUUUCUACUCAGUCUGAGCUGGAGUCACCAUAUGACAAAAAGAAUUCUGGGUGAAAAGAGGCUACCAUUGAGAACAUGGUAUAGAGUUCUCCAGCUCAAGGCAAACUGGGUCAAGGAAGAGGAGAAGCCCCAAAUGGAUCACUGGACAUUUCUUUUUGAGGCCGAAAGAACUCUCCUUUCUCAAGGCAACCAUCAUCCUGAUGAUAACUUGCCUUCCUGUCUCAAGAGGCCCUGAGCAUGGCUGAUGUUGGCUUUGUUGGGUACAACUGUACUCUGCGAGACAUAUAGUCUUGGGUUCCUUUGUUUUAUAUUCAAUCAGCCUUGAAGUCCAAACCUGGGAUUAAUGAUGGCAUUGACAAAAAUGCUGACGAAAGCUCUCGGUACCAAUUUUAUUAUGUUUUUGCAUUCAGUUUGUGUUGGAUAGAGUUUAAGAUUUGGGUUAUAGAGUUUUCCCUGUACUGCUCUUCUGUUAACUGUAUCUACUAGAUAAACAGUCAUUUGAAAUUUUAAAUGAAAGAAUUAUGCUGAACAUUUUUGCUAGCCAUUCUUGUAAAUAAUUUUGGCAGAUUCCUCAAAUUCCAAGAUUAACUUUACUGAAGUGUCGCAAGCUGAGGGAAAGAAAACAAAAAGCCAUUAGCAGCUCUUUGCAAUUUAUUGGUGUAACCCAUACUUUGGAUAAUGUAUGUUAAAGUGCACAGAGCUCACACGUUCAGCAUGCAGUGGAAGUGCAUGUUGGCCCAGUUUACAUUGAAGCUUUGAUUAGAGUAGGUGUAGUUCUUAUAAUAUCAAUGCUGCUGUUACAUGCAACAUUUCUGUAGUAAAUUGGCUAAUAUUUUGAAUUUUGUAUUUAUGUAGAAUGUACUGUAAUUAUAUGCAUUUAUUUGAUUUUCACCAGAAAAUGUGUUACUUUAAACGUACUGAAUUGUGGAGGAUAAUUUUAAAAGUAAUUCUGUAAGUUCUGUAAAAUGAUCAAUGUGAAUGCAUGUUAAUGGUUUUUACAGUUCUGAUAAUGAAGUUGUAUAUAGGUUUAUUAUACAAUUUUAAAUCUAGUUACUAAUCCAUGUGUGUUGCAAUCGAGAUUGACAAUCACAAACCCAUCAAACAAAUGGAUGGGAUAAUUUGUUAUAUUGCAGAAUUUACAUUAGAGAUUUGCCAUGUGAAGUUCUUAAUAUCUGAUUGUUAUGGGUCGGGGAUAAUCCUAUGAAUUUUAGUGAAUUUCUGUAUAAUAGUGUCCAUUCUUGCUAACUUUCAUGGAUAAAUGAUGUGUUUUACCUGUUUAAACCAUUGUGCAAAAUAAAAAAAAAAUGCUGUUUGGAGAUAAAUCUAAGCUGUUUGUCUCUGAAAAUGUAAAAUUCAAUGCUUGCUUUGCAGGCUGCCAGGUUUUUAAUUUAUGAUUCCAAGCUUCUGCUAUGUCAUACUGAAUUAUUUCCUGGCAUAUUGGACCAUGGUCACAAAUGAAGAAGUGUGUCCGUACAGUAUGAGAGCAUUAAGAAGAAUGGCGUUAUUACAAAGCAUCUAAGUGCUUCCAUUAUGUAUUUUAAGCUAAACAGGAGUCAUUUUAUAUUGGAAAAGGUGAGGAGCUUUGAGACUAUUUGGCCCUGCUUGCUUUUCCCGAUGGUGGCUUAACCAGCAGUUUCCUUCAAUCACAACGUAUAUCUCAAUUCGUCCCGUAUCCAAAAAUUCUAUUUUUGUCUUUAAAACUUCACUGUAAUAAAAAAAGAAAAUUGUCAUCUUGUGAAUGGCCGAGCUCAUGUAUUGAGAAUAUGUUUGUUGUUUCUGGACACCUCAGCCAGGGAAAUAUUACCCCUGCACUUAAGCUAUUAAGCUCUGAAAGAAUUUUGUUUGUUUUAAAGGUGAUUAAUUCCCAUUUAAAAAAAAACAAUGGAAUACACACCCUGUCUGUUUUCUCCUCAUGAAACCAAACACCCCGAUUUAGGAACCAAUCAGGCGAACUUAUGCUGCACAUAUCUCUGCUUCCUUAGAUGGGGAGAUGGGGCUUUUACGUGAUAUUCCAGCCAUGGCCUCACUGUGGUCUUGUAUAAUUGUGUUAAGACAUCUUUACACUUGUACUCAAAUUCUAUUGAAUUAAAGGCCAACGUAACAUUCAUCAUCAUCAUCAUUAUGUGCUGUGUCGUUUGACGUAGGCGAUCAUGAUAAUUGUUCUUCGCAAGUCUUUCUGCAGAAAUGUUUUGCUCUUGCCUUCUGGCCAAUAUCUUUUUAAGACAGGUGACUCCAGCCAUUAUCAACACUCUUUAGAGAUUGCCUGGCAUUAGUGGUCGUUUAACCAGGAUUUGUAAUAUGCAGCAGCUGCUCAUAUGGCUAUCCACCACCCUGCACGCAUGGAUUCACAUGACCCUGAUUGUGGAGACCAAGCAGGUGCUACACCUUGCUCAAUAGUGACUUGCGGAGGGAAGGAGGGUCUUGCCUCUCCUUUGGUAGAGAUGUAUCUCCACCCUGCCACCCAAUAUUAGCUUUGUUAAUUGCCU